AUGAUGUCGACCACAAAUUUAACAGUAUUUGAAAGGCAAACAAAAACAUUUGAAGACCUAAUUUGCUCGCCAUCAUUGGCAGGUGGAUUGCAACAACAAUCAAUUUAUUUCACGGCAGUUCACAUACUCCUCUCGCUCGUGGCACUUUUUGGGAACUUUCUCAUCCUUGUUGCCCUUCACAAAGUAUCUUCCCUUCAUCCGCCGUCCAAAGUCUUGUAUCGUUGUUUGGCAGCAACUGAUCUGUUAGUCAGUAUUGUCAGCCAGCCUUUCACUGCCAGUUAUUGGAUGUCCUUAGUUCACGAAGAGUGGUAUAUUUGUCGAUUCGCAUACGAGGCAACUUACAUAACAACCUAUGCAUUAUGUUUAGUGUCUUUGUUGACAACGGCGGCCAUAAGCGUGGACAGACUUCUCGCCCUGUUGUCGGGGCUAAGAUACAGACAAAUUGUAACUUUAAAGCGCACCUACUGCAUGGUAGCAAUCUUUUGGGUACUGUUUGUCGUCGCUUGUUUAUGCUAUAUUUUUGACUACCGAAUCGAUAUGUGGUACAGCCGUAUAAUUAUACCAUCUUGCCUAAUAAUCUCAGUGGCCUCGUACACAAAGAUAUUCUGCGUUCUCAGUCAUCACCAGGCUCAAGUACAAGGUUUUAUACAACAACAGCACAAUCAACCAAAUGCACUAAACAUGGCGCGAUACAAAAGGGCAGUGUAUAGUGCACUAUGGGUGCAGUUAGCAUUAGUGAGUUGUUACGUGCCAAUAGGUGUAUCGGGAAUUGGGAUUGCAUCUAGUAAUACAUACUCAUCGAAUUUAAUCGUCACCUGGGGAGUGGCACUUGUUUUAGUUUAUUUUAACUCGGCUUUAAACCCCGUCCUUUACUGCUGGAGAAUCAGUGAGAUGAGACAAGCAGUGAAGCAGACAAUUAGCCAAGCAUUGUGCUGCCCAUUGAAUUAA